AUGAUUGCGGUUCACGCAGGGGCCGGCUAUCACGCGUACGUUACAGACUACAUUUCUGUAUGCAAACGUGCUUGUCGUGAGGGACUACAAGCUUUGGUAGAAGGCAGUGCACUGACUGGUGCCUGCAGGGCAAUUGAAGUUUUGGAGAAUGACAGUUGCACUAAUGCCGGUUUUGGCUCCAAUUUGAACUUGGAAGGAAAAGUCGAGUGCGAUGCAAGUAUCAUGACUGGCGACAGCAGUUUUGGAGCCAUUGGAGCUGUAGCUGGUGUAAAGAAUCCUAUAAAUGUUGCUGCCAAACUUCUGUUGGAAGAGAGGAAAGGCACAAUGUCACUUGGCCGAGUGGCACCAUUGUUUCUAGUUGGAGAUGGAGCUAGACAAUAUGCAAAAUCCUACAGUCUAGAGAUAAUCAAUCCAUUGGACCUCAUAACAGGAGACUCCAUGAGUUGUUAUUUGAAGUAUAAGAAGGCAUUAGAUGCUGCAGAAUCGAUGUCCCAAAGUCCCGUGUAUCAUUGCAAACCUGAUGGGUUUGCCGAGAGUGAUCACCGACUUGAUACUGUUGGUGCUGUAUGUGUCGACAGUCACCACUGCAUGAGUGCUGGCACGUCGAGUGGUGGAAUUCUACUAAAACUGCCCGGACGUGUUGGUCAGGCUGCUGUGUUUGGAAGUGGUUGUUGGGCAGUUAACCCUAAUGACGAUGACGACCAUUUACCCGGUGUAGCUUGCAGUUCUACUGGCAUCGGUGAGCAGCUUAUAAAAGCUCUGAUGGCAAUGUCGUGUGCAAAGGCAGUUCGGAGAAAUUCACAUAGUCCCACGGAUGCACUGAAACAUGCUUUUUCGGAUGCUUUUGUAGGACAAUGUGACGAUCACUUGAGCCAAGCCGGAGUGGUACUGUUGCAGUAUGACUCUCCAGUAGCAGAAUUGCUGUGGAUACACUCCACACAAACAAUGUGCAUUGGUUAUAUGUCCAUUCAAGAUACAAAACCAAAGGCAUUAAUAUCAAAAGGGAAAAAGGGGUCACUGACAAUUGGUGGUGCAGUCAGACGUCUACAACCUUCAUGUCUGCAAUAGUCUUAAUUGUAGUUUAUUAAACAAUAGUGCAAGUCAUUUUCUAUAUUUCUGUGAUGUAAUGAUUUUAAUUAUUUCAUUGUUGAGACUGUUGCCCAUGCCAAUGUACACAUAAGAUUGUUCUGUGGUUCGUGGGAGACUUCUGAAAUGAAUAGAAGUAGCCAGUCUA